CCUAACCUCCUCCUCAGACCAACCUCUUCCCUCUCCGCUCUCGCUCUCCUACUGCGUCGUCAUGGUUCUCUCUUCCCCAUACUUCUCCUUCGCGAGACACAGUGGAGUAGGAGGAAGUGGUAGAGCAACAGCAGCUGCGGCUUCCGCUUUCAUUCUUCGAAGGCCGCUUCGGCGACUGCCAUCCCACCCUCGUCCCCCAUUCCAUGACAACUCCUCCACGAAGACCUUCCCUUGCUUCAAGUCUUAUCCUCUCAGACCCGCCCUCGACAGGCGCCACCUUCCUAUGGCCACCCUCUCCUCCUUCUCCGGCGCCGACGACGGGCCGAAGCCCGUCGUGGAGGCCAACACAGAGGAAGGGGAGGAGCUGCCCGAAUUGGCCAAGGCUUUCCACAUCUCGUCCAGGACCGCCUCCGCCGUCUGCAUCCUCAUCGCCUUCGCCGCGCUCACCUUGCCCCUGGCGAUGAGGUCGCUGGGACAGGCGGCCGACCUGAAGACGAAGGCCCUGUCGUACCUCACCCUGCUCUCGGGCUUCUACAUGGCGUGGAACAUCGGGGCCAACGACGUGGCCAACGCCAUGGGGACGUCGGUCGGCUCGGGGGCGCUAACCCUGCGGCAGGCCGUCAUGACCGCGGCCGUGCUCGAGUUCUCGGGGGCCUUGCUCAUGGGGACGCACGUCACCAGCACGAUGCAGAAGGGGAUCCUCGUGGCCUCCGUCUUCCAGGGGAAGGACACCUUGCUCUUCGCAGGGCUGCUUUCUUCUCUCGCCGCAGCUGGUACUUGGUUGCAGGUGGCAUCAUUUUAUGGAUGGCCUGUCUCCACUACGCACUGCAUAGUAGGAGCCAUGGUUGGGUUUGGGCUUAUAUAUGGGGGAAUUGGUGCUGUCUUCUGGAGUUCAUUGGCCAGGGUGACUUCCUCGUGGAUCAUCUCCCCUGUCAUGGGCGCAGCAGCCUCAUUCAUUGUCUACAAGUGCAUACGCAGAUUUGUAUACAGUGCUCCAAAUCCCGGGCAGGCAGCUGCUGCUGCUGCACCUAUUGCUGUGUUCCUGGGAGUUACUGGAAUCUCCUUCGCUGCUUUCCCCCUCAGCAAGAGCUUUCCUGUUGCAUUAGUUCAGGCCUUGGCCUGUGGCACUGCAGGUGCAAUUAUCGUCAGCAGAGUCAUCCACAAGCAGCUGGGCCAUCUGCUAACAUCAGAAGCAGAGAAAACACCAACAAGCGAGAAGCCGCACCUCGAACACAUCGGUUUCCUGACUAACGUCGCAGGCCCCACUGGAGCGCAGCUAGAGAUCGUCUAUGGCGUCUUCGGCUACAUGCAGGUCCUGUCAGCUUGCUUCAUGUCGUUUGCGCAUGGAGGCAAUGAUGUUUCCAAUGCCAUCGGGCCACUGGCCGCAGCUCUAUCCAUACUUCAGGGCGGAGCAAGCAGCGCUGAGAUCAUCAUCCCCACUGACGUUCUUGCCUGGGGUGGGUUCGGGAUCGUCGCAGGGCUCAUGAUAUGGGGAUACCGAGUCAUAGCAACCAUCGGCAAGAAGAUCACUGAGCUCACUCCGACAAGGGGCUUUGCAGCAGAAUUCGCAGCAGCCUCGGUGGUCCUUGUGGCAUCGAAGCUUGGCCUGCCCAUCUCAGCAACCCACACACUCGUUGGUGCCGUGAUGGGCGUCGGCUUUGCCAGGGGACUCAACAGCGUCAGAGCAGAGACAGUGCGCGAGAUUGUUACUUCUUGGGCAGUGACCAUACCAGUUGGUGCAGUGUUGUCUGUCUUCUAUACAUGGAUCUCCACCAAGCUGUUGUCAUUUUUGAUCUAAGCUGUCCAAGUUGACAAGGGAGCUUUUGUCAUAGUCUCCAUUGCCUGUAACAUUCUCUUUGCAUUUGAUCCAGAGCAGUCCUGCACACAAGAGCCAGAGGUCAAGAAUUACAUACAAGGUUAAUGACAAGCUCAUGACCAGGAAGCAUCAUCCGGUUAUGCAUUGCGGCUAACAGCUCAUAAUUAGGAUUAUAUCUGCUCCCUGCAUCAUCCCAGUUUCUGAUUCACUUGGUUGUUCCGUUGAUAGUUUCUGCGCUGUUGUAAGAGGAUAAAUCAAAUAUUCUUGUCAUCAUAAAGCUUCUUAUGUUCUCUCUCCUGUAUUUAGUUUGGACCCAUUACUUUCUUCGAGACUUAAAAAGGACUCAUCAAGAGAAUUAUGUUCUUCAUUUACA